UGUCUCCCACAGGUACACACGCGGACCUGAUGAUCAUAGUGUUCCACAAGAUCAUCACCACGGGCCACCAGCGUCUACAGCCCCUCUUUGACUGUCUCCUCACUAUUCUCGUUAAUGUGUCACCAUACAUCAAGACCCUGUCUAUGGUGGCAGCCAACAAGCUGCUGCACCUCCUGGAAGCAUUCUCCACCCCCUGGUUCCUCUUCUCUGCACCACAUCAUCACCACCUGGUGUUCUUCCUCCUUGAAACAUUCAAUAACAUCAUCCAGUAUCAGUUUGAUGGUGAGUGCUUGCUGAACUUGUAGCGUACUGUCGUGGCAGGUUGUCAGGGUCUC